AUGGCGGCUGCGGAGCCCUCUGCCCCUUCUGAAGAGUUCACCAAAAUCAAAGAGCUGGAGUUGAUGCUGGAGCAAGGCCUAGAGGAGGAAGCGGAGGAGAAAGAUGGAAUGUGCAAAGUGAAGGAUCCUCAGAGCCCUGGGGAGCUGGAGGCCAAGUGUACUUACGGGGUCCCCCAGGCCGGGACCCCGGAAGAAGAGCUGGAGCUGGUGCCCGCCCCCUCGGGGGAGAGUGACAAGCACGUCCUGACCCUGCAGACGGUGCGCUUGACUUCCGACGACGCGGAGUUGCAGGAGAGCGGCUGGCUGAGCGCGCAGCCCCCGGAAGGGGUGCAGGUGAUGCUGCAGGAGGCCAGUCCCGGGCCGCCGUCACUGCUGUGGCUCAGCGAGGGGCCCCAGCAGAGCAUGCUGCAGUACGUGGCCAUUAGUGUGCAAGAAGAGCUGUACUCCCUGCAAGAGUUGGAGGUGAUGGAGUUUCACGUUCUGGAGGAGAAUGUGGCAGUGGCCAGUGAAGACAGUAAGUUAGUGGUGAGCCUGGCUGAAAGUACUGGAUUGAUUAAGCUUGAGAUAAGUCCGGAGGAGAACCAGCAUUUGGCCGAAGGAGGAUGUGCUGAGAGAACAGAAGAGCAGCUUUUUCUUGUGGAAGCGAGUCUCGGAGAUGAAGGAAGAAAUGAAAUUGUUCUGACAAUUUCGAAUUUAAACAUGGAAGUACAGGAAGAUAAAUCUGCAUCUGGUCAAGCAGGUGUUGAAAGCGCCAACUCUACAAAGGACAAGAGAGAGAGAAAGGGAGCGAAGCAGACCUUCCACUGUGAUACCUGUAUGUUCACCUCCUCGAGAGUGUCGAGUUUUCAUCGCCACAUGAGGACGCACACUAACGAGAAGUCGCACCUGUGCCACCUCUGCCUGAGAACCUUCCGCACCGUCACGCUGCUGCGGAACCACAUCAACAUCCACACAGGAACCAGGCCCUAUAAGUGCGGUGACUGUGACAUGGCGUUUGUCACCAGCGGAGAACUCCUCCGACACAGACGUUAUAAACAUACCCACGAGAAACCCUUCAAGUGUUCCAUGUGCAAGUACGCUAGCGUGGAAGCGAGUAAGCUGAAGCGCCACAUCCGCUCCCACACCGGGGAGCGCCCCUUCCAGUGCUCGCUCUGCAGCUACGCCAGCAAGGACACCUACAAGCUGAAGCGCCACAUGCGCACACACUCAGGUGAGAAGCCCUACGAGUGCCACGUCUGCCAUGCCCGAUUCACCCAGAGCGGGACCAUGAAAAUACAUGUUCUGCAGAAGCACAGCGAGAACGUCCCCAAGUACGAGUGUCCCCACUGUGCCACCAUCAUUGCAAGGAAGAGCGACAUGCGUGUCCAUUUGCGCAACCUGCAUACUUACAUAGCUACGGAGAUGAGAUGCCGCCACUGUUCUUCUGUCUUCCAUGAGCGCUAUGCCCUCAUCCAGCACCAGAAAACGCAUAAACACGAGAAACGGUUCAAGUGUAAGCACUGCAGUUACGCCUGCAAGCAGGAGCGCCACAUGACAGUCCACAUGCGGACCCACACCGGCGAGAAGCCAUUCACCUGCCUUUCCUGCAACAAACGUUUCCGACAGAAGCAACUUCUAAAUGUCCACUUCAAGAAAUACCAUGAUCCAAGUUUCAUCCCGGCUGUUUUUGAAUGCCCCAAGUGUGGCAAAGGCUUUUCCCGCUGGAAUAACAUGAACAGACACUCCGAGAAGUGUGACCCAGCGCAAAAGAAGUCGGCCACCUCAGGAAAAGGAAAAAAAACGAAGAAGAAAAAGCAGACGGUCCCAAAGGAAGCCGAAACUGCCAUUGAGGAGACUUCCACCGAGAGGGGAGAACCGUUCCCAGGUGAGAUGGUUGUUGUCAACUGCAGAGAAACCACAGCCGGGAGCAAGGACCUGGAUGGAGACACGACCUGUGAAAUGAUCCUCAACAUGAUGGAUAAGUGAUAGAGAUUAAAUUUUGUAGCCUUUAAUUCUUAAAGCAAGGUAGAAAUUUUGAGCAUCUUCUUUGAAACAGUUAAGUUCAUGACAAUAGAUGGUCACAGACAUUUUUUCAAAGUUUGAAGUAAUGCCUAGAAUUGUUUACCUGUUUUUAACUGGGUGUUUCAAUAAACACUGCAGGUAUUUUAUAAAAGACUUAAACCUUGAAUCAGAGGUUAACACCUCAAAUCUAUGAAUUCAUUCAGUUGGCAUUGGCAGGGUGGCCCACAUGAAAGAGUAAUGAGUUUUGGAUGAUAGUUAUUUCAGUAGUAUUUUAUUUUAGACCAGCUAGUGCUUCAGCCAGCAGUCAAAGCUGGAAAAUUUUAU